AUGACGGAACACCACAAUCGCCACGAGACAAUGACAGCAGCCUGGCUUUUACCAAUCGUAGCCUGUAUUGUUGCAGCAGCUUCCGGUGGUGUUGUCGCGUCAGUGCUACCUGAGCCAAACCACGCCCUCAUUACCAUAGUCACCAGCUAUGUGCUGUGGGGUAUGGGCGUGCCACUAGCACUCGUGGUUAUGGUGAUGUACUUCCACCGUCUUGCCAUCCAUAAUCUCCCAUCUCAGGAAGUGAUCGUCAGUGUCUUCCUGCCUCUUGGACCUAUGGGACAGGGCGGAUACGCUGCGUUGAAACUCGGAAUGCAGGCUUCAAAGACCUUUCCAGAGACGAACACGUUGCAUCCAAUGGCCGGCGAAGUUCUCUACGUACUAGGCUGGAUGACCGCCAUUACGCUAUGGGGGUUUGGAUUGGUAUGGCUAUUCUUCGCAGUCGCGUCAAUCAGUCGGAGCAAGUUCCCUUUCAAUAUGGGUUGGUGGGGGUUCACUUUUCCCAUUGGCGUCUUUACAAUGUCUACCAUCACCAUCGGACAGGAACUGCCAUCCGCAUUCUUCAGGAUUCUGGGUACGGUACUUGGUGCCAGUGUCAUACUUCUGUGGCUACUAGUCGCUGUCGGUACUGUGAAGAACAUGGUGUAUGGCAAUAUGUUCCAAGCGCCAUGCUUGCGCGAGAUGGAGAAGCAAGCAUGUGCAGCGUCUGCUGGAAUGCAACAGCAGGACGUGUGA